UGCUCUGAAAAGCCAUCUUUGCAUUGUUCCUCGUCCGCCUCCUUGCUCGCCGCAGCCUCCUCCGCCGCCGCGGACUCCGGCAGCUUUAUCGCCAGAGUCCCUGAACUCUCGCUUUCUUUUUAAUCCCCUGCAUCGGAUCACCGGCGUGCCCCACCAUGUCAGACGCAGUCGUAGACACCAGCUCCGAAAUCACCACCAAGGACUUAAAGGAGAAGAAGGAAGUUGUGGAAGAGGCAGAAAAUGGAAGAGACGCCCUUGCUAACGGGAAUGCUAAUGAGGAAAAUGGGGAGCAGGAGGCUGACAAUGAGGUAGAUGAAGAAGAGGAAGAAGGUGGGGAGGAAGAGGAGGAGGAAGAAGAAGGUGAUGGUGAGGAAGAGGAUGGAGAUGAAGAUGAGGAAGCUGAGUCAGCUACGGGCAAGCGGGCAGCUGAAGAUGAUGAGGAUGAUGAUGUCGAUACCAAGAAGCAGAAGACCGACGAGGAUGACUAGACAGCAAAAAAGGAAAAGUUAAACUAAAAAAAAAGGCCGCCGUGACCUAUUCACCCUCCACUUCCCGUCUCAGAAUCUAAACGUGGUCACCUUCGAGUAGAGAGGCCCGCCCGCCCACCGUGGGCAGUGCCACCCGCAGAUGACACGCGCUCUCCACCACCCAACCCAAACCAUGAGAAUUUGCAACAGGGGAGGAAAAAAGAACCAAAACUUCCAAGGCCCUGCUUUUUUUCUUAAAAGUACUUUAAAAAGGAAAUUUGUUUGUAUUUUUUAUUUACAUUUUAUAUUUUUGUACAUAUUGUUAGGGUCAGCCAUUUUUAAUGAUCUCGGAUGACCAAACCAGCCUUCGGAGCGUUCUCUGUCCUACUUCUGACUUUACUUGUGGUGUGACCAUGUUCAUUAUAAUCUCAAAGGAGAAAAAAAACCUUGUAAAAAAAGCAAAAAUGACAACAGAAAAACAAUCUUAUUCCGAGCAUUCCAGUAACUUUUUUGUGUAUGUACUUAGCUGUACUAUAAGUAGUUGGUUUGUAUGAGAUGGUUAAAAAGGCCAAAGAUAAAAGGUUUCUUUUUUUUCCUUUUUUGUCUAUGAAGUUGCUGUUUAUUUUUUUUGGCCUGUUUGAUGUAUGUGUGAAACAAUGUUGUCCAACAAUAAACAGGAAUUUUAUUUUGCUGA